AUGGCUGCAGCUGGACUGUACAAGAUGGGUGACGGAAACAGCUAUGCAACUAACUGCUUCCCUGCCAGGAACAUUUUGUGCACAAAUAAAGAAGGUGACGUUUUAUUGAGAGCCGCUCGUGAGGUUGCCCUGUCGUGGGCUGGGCACUGGCUGCUGGCACACAGAGCUACGCGGAGCUCCCAGGUCAAGCAGGGAACCCCCGGGAAGCUGCCCCGAUGGAGGAGAAAGCCCCAAAGUUUGUCCUCUGCAGAAGAAGACAAUAUUCUAGAUGAGCCAUUUCUGAUGAAACAUCACUGUUUGAAGAACCCUUCAGACCUGUGCUCUGUGAAUAUAAGUAACCAAAAUCUGGUCUCUGCUAAAGAAGAUGAUUUUGAGAAAUUUGACUGCGUUGCUUUUAUAAAUGCUGCAGAGAACCUGUUGACAUUAGAAGCAUUUCGGAAGUUUCCAGGACUGCGGGAACUGGAACUUUCCUUGAAUGGACUAAGAAAUCUCAAAAUUACUGCUGGAGACUUCCUGCAUUUGGAAGAUCUGGACCUCUCAUACAAUAACUUAUCCCCUGAAGAUAUUUGGACGUUGGGAGAUCUGUCCCAGCUCAAGGUCCUUCACUUGACGGCCAAUGGGCUUCGGUCGCUGCCUCCUGACCUGGCAGGCAUGUGGGACUCUGCUCACUUAAGGUUUCCGUCUCUAGAGGUCUUGUUGCUGGAUGACAAUUGCCUGUCAGACCCGAGUGUCUUUGUGAGCCUGUCUAAUCUCUGCAGCCUGAGAGAACUCAAUCUGGACAAGAAUGAGAUUUCAGCUGUCCCCUACCUGCAUCAAGCAGAGAGCACACACUUCUUCCUCCACCCGGCACUGGACGAUGACAGCUUCAGGGCAGAGUGGUACAAGUCUCUCAGCAGCCUUGGGCAGCAGGCCCAGCCGCCGCAUGAGGGCACGGACAGGCCAGCAGAGCUGGAGAUGAAGAAGGAGCCGCUCGAAUAUGUCGUGUUACAGAAUGCCAGGGAUCCAGACCGGACAGAGGUCGUUUUUAAUUCUGGCUCUCAAGAACGCUCAGUGCCGGGUGUUCUUGGGGAGGGAUGUCCGUCUGCCUCGAAGACUCUACCUGCUUCCACCGUGCACAGAGACAUUUGUGCUCCUUUUCCUGAACUGAAGCAUCUCAGCUUGGCCUUCAACAAGAUUGAAGAGGAGAUGGAUCUCUUACCUGUGGCUUUUUUCCCAUGCCUGAAGGAGCUGACGUUCCACAGCAACCCUCUUACCACCACCCGGAGCGGGCAGCCACCUCUGCUGACAAGGCUCCUCCAGGAAAAUUUGGGGAUUAAACUUGUUCGCCAGAGCGUAGCAAUGGAGAGACUGCACCUCUCCAUACCUCUUAAGGCCAGCCGCAAGGUCUCGUCCCAUCUCCCGAAGGUUACGAAGCAGCCCCUGAUGCUGGAAGGUCCUGCUGAGACCUUUCUACAGAAACGUGGGAGAGGAGCCGCAGCUCUGAAUCCGUCUGAGCCUCUGCCCCCGACCAGUGCUGACCCCGCCAGUGACAGCGGCAGGUGGAUGCUGAGGGAUAAGGAACGUGACUCUGGGCCUCAUCCUGACAGAGCUGAAGAUGCCAUUGGAUCCUUCUUCAUGACGCAGGUGGAGGACAUGCCCAGGUCCCCUGUGCAACCUGUGGUAGAAGACAGGCUGGAGAGGAAGAGGAGUGAGCAGAGGGAAGAAGAAAGCUCCCUGGCUGUUCCAGAGCGAUAUAGAGGUUAUGAGGAGCUGCUUGGUGGAGACACAGACCCAGAUUUCAUCGAGCCAGUUGGGAUACAGAAGAACGUCCAGGCACUAAACUACCUCCUGAAACACCCCCUGGUUUAUCGAGACUCCAAGGUGCGACUGGACAGUGUGCAGAAGCCCUAUGUGCCUCGGAGAAAGUCUGGGAAGAUGCCUGGUCCUCCGACCCGAAGGACGAAGGCAGAGGUACUGGAAGGGAUCCUGAUGGCCAUGCGAAACACCACCACCAUCACUGAAGUCCCCCUAGCGUCUGUUUUGCGAGAGAAGAAGUCCAGCCCCAAAGCGUAUCGGGAGGCGCUGAGGCUGCUGAAGGACUUCCAGGAGGUGUACAAGACUCCUCCAGCGGCCACCGGUGAGGAGCAGGCCAGCUCUUUGGAUGAGUUACAGGCAAUAAAAGCCCUCCUAAUGGAGGUGGCUUCCAAGCAAUGGAGCUCCAAACAGUUAGAGCUGCCAAGGAAGAGAGUGGCCAAGAAGAUGCUCAAAGUGAAGUUUGCAGUAUAGCCAGUAGUUGAAUAAAGCACCCCACACCUUUGUUU